AUGAUCGGCCAAACAGAUAUUCCUUCUUCUUCUUAUUGGUCUCCUCCGACCCCUCAAUGGACAUACGAUGUGUUCCUCAGUUUCAGAAGCGAAGACACCCAUAGAAAUUUUACAGACCAUCUGUAUACUUCUCUGAAUCAGAAGGGAGUAUUUGCAUUCAGAGAUGCUGAACAACUUGAGAGGGAAAAACCCAUCUCGCCAGAACUCUUGAAAGCAAUUGAAGAAUCAAGAUAUGUAAUUGUCGUUCUUUCAAGAAACUAUGCCUACUCAACAUGUUGCUUGGAUGAGCUUGCAAAGAGUGUUGAAUGCAUGAAAGUGAUGGGGCAGGCAUUACUCCCAGUUUUCUAUGAUGUGGAUCCAUCUGAGGUACAAAAACAAAUGGGGAAUUUCGGGAAAGCCUUCUCCAAGCAUGAAGAAACCUUUAAGGAUAAUACAGAGAAGGUGCAAAAGUGGAGAGAUGCACUUACUGAAGUGGCUGAUCUCUAUGGAUGGCAUGUACAAGAUGGGUAUGAAUCGAAAAUUAUUCAAGAUAUUGUGAGAUAUAUUUUCACAAAAGUAAAUCAAACAAUUUCAAGGAUGUGGGGGAUGGGGGGGAUUGGUAAGACAACCACUGCAGAAGUAGUUUUUGAUAGGAUACGUUCUCAGUUUGAAGCUUACAGCUUUCUUGCCAAUGUUAGAGAGGUAACCCAGAAACAAGGUCUAGUCCAUUUACAAAAGCAACUUCUUUCGGAUAUCCUGUUCGAGAGUAAUGUAGAUGUACAUAAUGUCCAUAUGGGGAUCAGUAAAAUAAGGCAGAGACUGUGUAAUAGAAUGGUUCUUAUCAUUCUUGAUGAUGUGGAUCAAUUAGAACAAUUGGAAGCAUUGUGUGAUCAUAGUUGGUUUGGUUCAGGGAGUAGAAUUAUAAUAACAUCGAGGGAUGAACAUUUGUUACGCACAUUUGGAGUGGAUAUAAUGUAUAAGGUUAAGGCAUUAACUGAUGCUGAAGCUCUUCAGCUCUUUUGUCGGAAAGCAUUCAAGAAAGGCCAGGUCAGUGAAGACUUUCUCAAGCUGGCAAACAAUGUUGUAGAAUACGCUAAUGGCCUCCCAUUAGCUAUUGAAGUUUUGGGUUCUUUCCUCCUUGGUAGAAGUGUAGAAAAAAGAAGGUAUUUUUGGAUUGCAUGUUUCUUUAAAGGGGAGGAGAAAGAUCGUGUUACAAGAAUACUGGAAAGUAGUUGUGGCUAUCGUCCAGACAUUGAUGUAGCAGUUCUCAUAGAAAAAUCUUUACUAACUCUAUUUGGAAGAAAAUUGUGGAUGCAUGAUUUGAUACAAGAAUUAGGUUGGGAGAUUGUUCGUCGUGAAUGCAGUGAAGAUCCGGGCAAACGUAGCAGGUUGUGGCUUCCCAAGGAUAUAAUCCAUGUACUUGUAAACAAUGAGGGAACACUUGCGGUGGAAGGUAUAUUCCUGAAUCUACCAAAACAAGAGGUGGUUCACGUAAAUGUUGACCCCUUCUCAAAGAUGUGCAAGCUAAGAUUGUUAAAAAUUAGUAAUGUGUUUUUUUCUGGAUCCAUCAAAUACCUUUCUAACGAGUUACAACUGCUGGAAUGGCAUGCAUUUCCUUUUAGUUCUUUGCCAUCAAACUUUCAAUCAGAUAAGCUUGUGGAACUCCACAUGCAUUCAAGCCUUAUCAAACAACUAUGGAGGGGAAAUAAACGCUGGAGCAUGCUAAAGUCUAUUGAUCUAAGUGAUUCCUUGUACUUGAUUGCGACCCCAAACUUCAUUGAGGUUCCAAAUCUUGAGAAGUUGGUGCUUCAAGGUUGCACAAGAUUGGUUGAGGUUCACCCUUCCCUUGGAUUGCUCAAAAACCUUAUCUUGUUGAAUAUGAGAAACUGCAAAUCUAUUGAGAGCCUUCCACCUUUCAUCAAUUUGGAAUCUCUUAGAACUUUAACUCUCUCUGGUUCUUCAAGACUCAAGAGGUUUCCUCAAAUUGAAGGAAAUAUGAAAAGCUUGUUGGAGCUUCAUCUAGAUGGAACUGCCAUUGAAGAAUUACCACCAUCAAUUCAACGUUUGACUGGUCUUACAUUGAUGAAUAUGGGAGGCUGCAAAAACCUUUUCCGUCUUCGGAAUACCAUUCAAUAUUUGACAUCUCUUGAAACUCUUAUUCUAACAGGUUGCUCAGAACUUGAUGACAUACCUGAGGAUUUGAAUUGUGUGGAAUGUCUUGAGGAGCUUGAUAUAAGUGGAACUGCUAUAAGAGCAUCAUCAUCCAUUGCGGCUAUGAAAAAUCUAAGGACUUUAUCCUUCCAAGGAUGUAAAGAUCUACCUUCAAAAUCGUGGCAUUCUCUCUUUAAUUGUUGGUGGUGGGGUAGAAAGGGCAAUGUUCCUGUGAGUUUGUUGUUGCCUACUUCGUUGUCAGGUUUAACUUCCCUGACGAGCCUAAACUUAAGUGAUUGCAAUCUGAUAGAUGGAGCAAUACCUGAUGAUCUUGGCACCUUAAUCUCCUUAAGGACAUUAAACUUAAGUGCUAAUAACUUUGUUUGCUUACCUGAAAGCAUCGGCCAGCUAUCUAAGCUUGAGUCUCUCAACUUGAUGAAUUGUAGUAGGCUUCUGUCACUGCCUAAGAAGCUUCCAUUAAGUGUUCGACACGUCCCUGCAGAUGAUUGUACAUCACUGAUAGAUUUCCCUGAUCAAUUCAAAGUAUGGACCUCAGCUGUUUCUGGAAUGACUACAAUCAGUGCCCUCAUUUCAUCCAAGCAUCAAGAAUCUUCUACUUCAUCACCACUAGACCAAAAAUACACAAAGACAUGGACUUCAUCAACUGUCCCAGGACGUAGUUUCUUUAGUUUUGGCCCCGAAUCAGAUAAGCAUCAACAAUGGAGUCCAGUUCAUGAUCUUUCACUGCCAAAUCAAGUUCUGCAAAAAGACAUUGAACUAUAUGAUUAUAAGUCACAUUCCAUAAAGGCUGCUUGUUAUCAAAAUGAAAUUCCAGAGUGGUUCAGCGGCAGAGCUACGGGAGAUUUCAUAUCGAUCCCGGUGCCUCCAGAUUUGAAAAAUGAGAAGAAGUGGAUGGGGGUUGCUAUUGUUUUCUUGGUGAAGGGAAAACCUGGUGUCGCCCAUGUUAAAUCUGAUUCAGAGGCUUCUGAUUACUUCUACAAAUGCAGAGUGGAAACUGAGGAAUUUCAACUGGAACCAUUCCUUCUUGACUGGAGACAUCUCAACUCAAUUGAAUCAAGUUCUGAGUUACUUUGUUUUUUUUAUGUACCUUGUGUGUGCUUUCCAAGGAUGUUAAAUGAAUCGUUCGUGAUUGGGACUUUAUUUGAAACCAACAACCGGUGCAUGGAGGUCCAGAAAUGUGGGAUUCGUCUUGUUUACGAGCAAGAUGUUGAACAGUUUAUCCAAACAUUCAUACCACAAAGUUUUGGUUUUGGAGGGCGGCAGCAACAACAAAUCCAUUUGCUGACCAAACAAAAUCAACAACUUAUCCCUUCUGACCCUUCCAAUCUGAAAGUUGGAAAAGCUACAUCAGAAUCUGGAUGGUUUAAUCUAGAUAAUGACAUUUUGAGAUGGGAGAAAUUUAUUCCAACGUGUGAAGAAGCUUCCACAGUUUUGUUGAGAAGGAACAUCGAGUCUGUUCUUCCAAGAUACCUGGAGGGACUAAACCAUAGGUGGCAAGACUAUGGAUUUCCUUUAAGUGGAAGCCCAGCAUGGUUUAAUACUGAAGUUGGGACGUCUGUGACAAUCGAGCUGCCUCAGAAUCUGCACAAGUGUAAGAAGUGGAUGGGUUUUUCUCUAUGCGCAUCACUUGCAGUAGAACACCAGCACAUCGUAAAAGAGGAUCAGUAUCAUGGUUCUUGUCGACUCGAAAUGGGUAAACAUUAUAUGAAUCUGUCCCUAAACUUAGAGUCUCUGAUUUCUGAUAAACAUCACCUUUUGAUUGCUUACAUUCCACGGUCGAUGAUUCCCGAACUGUUCACUCAAACAUCACCAAGGCAAAUCUGCCUUUCCUUUAUUACCUACAGACCUGCUUUAAAGGUUAAAAUCUGUGGGCUCCGUAUUUUGUACAAGCAAGAUUUACAAGGAUUUGUCCAGACAAUCACACAGUGCAUAUUAGGCAGUUCAGACACCCUCUUUGGAUAUUAUAAUGAUUUGGUGGUAAAACAUUGGAUAAACUUAAUUCUACUGCAAAGUUGUAAAGUCCUUACAGAGGAAAAACAGAGUCCCCGAGAAUGUGAUACUCGAUUACAGCAAAGAAAGUUCCAGCUGAUCUCUCAAAAUUUCAGAAACCGGGUCUGGUCUGACAAUCACUUUGCAUUUAAUUUUGCUGGAAUUGAAAUUCCGAAGUGGUUCUUGAAUCCAAAUAAAGGCGACUGUGCACAGAUUGAUAUGCCUCCAAAUUUGUUCGAUGAUGGUAAUUGGUUAGGAAUUGCUGUAUCUGGUUCUGUAUCGAUCCAUGAACAUCCAAAUAUCAUUCAGGACACUCCCGACUCAGAAUUUGAUCGUGAGGUCAUUUGUGAUCUGAAACCCGGGGUUGAAUUCGACAAUAGUCUCCGUUUGGCAUUCGGUACGGAGAAAGAGAUAUGGUUGCAUGCACGUGAUUUGACUUGGUUUGUAUAUGUAUCACGUGCUCUAUUUCCUGAAUCGUGGAAUAAAUGCCAUAUAGUCAGUGCAACUUUAGGGUCCAACGGCCCAGGCUUAGGAUUGCAUGAAUGUGCCAUUCGUCUGGUGUUUAAGGAGGAUGUUGAAGAGCUUGUACAAACGCUGACGCUCUGCGAGUUAUCUUCAAACUGCGGUCAUUGCAAGCAAGCUGCAGAAUAUGGUAAUUGAAAUACGUAGUGCCAGCUGCACACCGAAAGACUCAGCGAGCUUACCGAUCUCAUGCCAUGGACAAUGGCAAACGCAUGCGUUGUAAGUAGCCUUUUAUUUGUAUGUUCUAUCAAUCGUUUUGCUCGUUAAACGCAGCCAAAGAAUGCAGUGUCAUCAAACAUGGGUAAAUAUUUGCUUUGGUUUGUUAAUGUAAAUAAUUAAGCGAUCAAUUAUUUGGUGAUAAGAAAAUUAUUAUAAU